UCGGUGCUCGAUUGCGAUUGUCUUCCCUGUGGCUGAAGAUGGCUGUUCAGGCUCCGGAGGUGUUCAAACACCAUCAGCAGGAAAAUGUCUGCUUCACUCGACCCAAGUACCGAGAGGGUCGGAGGUUGAGGGCUGUCAAAGUGUACACAAUAAAUCUGGAAUCGAAGCACCUGCUCAUUCAAGGAGUGCCAGCUGUGGGAGUCAUGAAGGAGUUGAUCGAACUCUUUGCAUUAUAUGGAACCAUUGAAGAAUAUUCUGUAUUGCAUGAGUACCCGGCCGAGGAAUUCACAGAAGUUUAUCACAUCAAAUACCAAAGAUUACAGAGUGCAAGAGUAGCAAAACGUAAACAGGAUGAGCGAAGUUUUUUUGGUAGCUUGCUUCAUGUGUGUUAUGCCCCAGAGUUUGAAUCCGUGGAGGAUACCAGAGAAAAAUUAAAAGAGAGGAGAAGGUACAUAAUGAGGGCAACAAGCAACAAAGAUAUAGAUCUAUACAAGGGAGGAAAGAAAGUCAUAAAACCAGCUCCAUUAUCAAAUACUGCAAAGGAAGCAUUUUCCGAAAAACCUGAGCAUUAUGAAAGUUUGGAAUCCAACCAGAUGAUGUGGAAUAUAGGUUCCAUAUAUAGUUACCCAAUGCCAUUGCCACCAUUUCAACCAGAUAAUCCAGCACCUUCAUCCACAUCAAGUUUCAGACAAGAAUGUCCUCAAAUGCCUUCUUCAUAUGGAACAUUAUCAAAAGACAUUCCUCUUAGUGCAGCAAACCAAUCAUAUUUUGAAUCUAAGUUACCUUGUUUUCAUGAUCAGCAUUUGGACAAAUCUUGUGAUUCUAAGGAUUCUUGGAGUUCAGAAAGAAAACCUUGGACCCCUAAUAUUGGGACCUCUGUCUCUAAAUUUGUCCCCAGAACUACACAGCUGCAGAGCAGGAAGAAAAUAAAUCAAGAAAUGAGCAUUAACAAAUUUUAUGGAUUUGAUACUGAUAGUACUACAAUGGAAUUUGGACCAAAGCUUCCAGAAAUGCCAAAGAUGGACUUGGGGGAUACUUCCUUAAAUGUGUCUGCAACUUUGAUCAGGAAUAAACUUACAGAGGUUUUGUCUGCUUCCACAAAAGAAGCUGAAGUAUUACAAAUAAAAGCUCCAAAACAACGUCGAAGAAUCUAAAGAUGAGAUCCCUGAAAGAUAGAAGAAAAAGAAUUGCUUUAUUAUUAUAUGCUAUGUCACAUAAGUACUUCACAUACAAUGUAUUGAUUUGAUUAUUGGUAGCUCUUGCUACUUUGAAAUGUACCAAUCUAUUUUAUGCAUAAGGUAAUUCCAGAAAGACCACAGUGUUACCUGAAGAAUUACUGGACAUAAUAUUUAAGAGAGGAUUAAUAUUUGAGAGGAAGGUUACUCCCCGGCACUGUUUUCAAAAGUGCUCUGUGAUCUUUAAUAUCUAUUGAACAGUCAGGAAGCCACCUCCGUUUAAUGUCACUUCAGAAGAACUGUAUCUUCUACAGCAAUCCUUCAGUAAUGUACUUGUAUUGCCUUAGGUUUUAUAUUCAAGUCUUCACAUAGUACGUCACUCUACCAAUUACUUUGGGAGGCCAGGCCUAAGAAGUUUAAAGAGUAAGUUUAUAUGGAAAAUCAAAUUUACCAGAAUAAAGUUUGGUUAUGAUUUAGAAUGAUGAUGAUAAUAAUAGUGAAGGACAAAGAACAAAGAGACUUGAAAAACCACAAACAUAAGACAGGUAUGGAAAAAAGAGAGAUGCGAUUAACAACAGGAAAAAAAAAUUGAGUUGUUCAACAAUGCAAAAACAAAUAUAUUGUUGAACUUAUGCAGAGUGAUAGACCCCAUAAGAAGAGAAUACUUUAGUGAAGAUAGGUACACUUUAAUUUUGCACAUGAAUAACAUCAUGAGAGAUUAGCUGAAGUCAACAGCAAAAGGCUUUUGAUACUUUUCAAACCUAUGAUAUUAAAUUACUUUAGAAAUAAACGUCCACACCAAGUUUGCUUGUUUUUACAAAUAGUGUAAUUUCCGUAACUAUUUCUAAAAUAAUGAUAAAGAUGGAACAAUGAAAUGUUAAAUUGCUGAUGGGAGGAAGGAAAUUAUCUAAUGCCAUCAAAAAUGUAUUAUGAUUUGCUUGUUCCAGCUUAUGGUUGAGUUGUUAUGGUGCAUAUUAUCCAUCCCUAGUUGACUUGCAAAUGUAGUGGUGUGCAUUAUUGAAUGGCUGCAAACAUGUGAUAACUGAUUAUGUCAGUUAGAUAGGGAACUGUAUGAUAUCAUGGUGCCAGAGUUUCAAUAAAGGACCAGCUUUGACUCACUCAGUGGUAGCCAUCACACAAGACUUUUUAAAAAUGAAAGUUAGCAAUACAGUUGUAAAUGUUUUCUAGAUUUCCAAUGUCUUAGGUUAUAUGAGCUACACGUUCUGUUAUUCACUGUCAACCACAAAAAUGCAAUAUGUACGUCAUCUGAUACUUUUAACGUUGUUCUUAUGGCUUGUGGUUUUUUAAUCCUGUGUGUUUUUCUUUGAAUUCUUUUGGGUGGGAAAGAUAUGUAGAAAACAUUUAGGGUAC